AUGUCAUUGAAGACAAAGAGAAGUCUUCAAGCCAAUGGUACUAAUAAAAGAUUUUCAAAGUUAACAAAAAGUCAUUAUUACAUGCUUUCAAAAGUUGCUAAAUACUUGGUUGAACAUCAAAUUGCGGUUAUUAUUUUAGCAUAUAUAUUAGAAGUUCCCGGUUCGGAAAAAUUUUUAUUCCUACGUGAGAAUCCCAAAACUGGUCAUUAUGAAAAGAGCAUGGAUGACACAUUUUUUAUUUUCUUUUGGGUUGUCACAUUUACGCUAUUACGAGCUGUUACAAUGGAAUAUAUACUGGUUCCAAUAGCCAAAAAGGGGAGAAUUAAGAAAAUGACACAAAGAACAAGGUUUGCUGAGCAAGGGUGGUCUUUUUUGUAUUAUUCUAUUUUCUGGACAUUUGGCAUGUAUAUAAUGUAUCAUUCACCAUAUUGGUUUGAUACUACUUAUUUCUGGAAAGGUUAUCCUCACAAAGAAUUGACAUACCUUCUCAAGUCUUAUUAUCUGUUGCAACUUGCUUUUUGGCUUCAACAAUUAUUUGUCGUCAACAUCGAGAAAAGGCGUAAAGAUUUUGUAGAAAUGACAACUCAUCAUGUUGUUACCAUUUCGCUCAUGUUUUUUUCUUAUAUCUUUAAUUUCACUCGAAUUGGUAACGCUGUUCUUUGUACAAUGGAUUUUGCUGAUAUCCUAUUACCGCUUGCCAAGAUGCUUAAAUAUCUUAGGUUCAAUAUGUUCUGUGAUGUAUUGUUUGGAAUCUUUAUGGUUUCAUGGCUUGUGACUCGUCACUAUAUUUAUGGUCAUAUUAUAUAUAGUACGUGGACCGAACCACUGCUGUAUAUUGAAUACAAAUGGGUACCUGAAGAAGAUUAUUACUUUACAAAAAAUGUGCAAAGAUUUUUCUUGUUUCUCUUUUGCAUUCUUCAAGCGAUCAUCAUAUUUUGGUUUUGUCUGAUUUCUAAUGUCGCGUAUAAGGUUAUUAAAGGUGAUGGAGCGCAUGAUAGUCGAAGUAGUGAUUCAGAACGGUUGGGAAUGAGAAUAUUGAAUCAAUUGCACAUAUGA